AUGUCUGCCCAAAAAGCCAUUGUCAUUACUGAGCCCGGUAAGGAGAGUCUGGUCACUGAUCAUCCCAUCCCGAUUCUCCGGGACGACUAUAUACUCGUCAAAACAGUGAGCGUGGGGUUGAAUCCCACCGACUGGAAGCACAUCGCUUCUUCCGCGCCUCCGGGUGUGAUAGUGGGCUGCGACUACUCCGGAAUCGUGACUGCCAUCGGUAAAGAUGUCCGCAAGAAGUUCAACAAGGGCGACCGUGUCUGCGGAUUCACGCACGGUGCCAAUGCUGUCCAGCCCCAAGACGGCGCUUUUGCUGAGUACAUCGUGGCAAAGGGUGAUAUCCAAAUGAAAAUUCCCGAUAAUAUAAGUUUUCAGGAGGCUGCCACACUUGGCGUAGGUAUCUACACUGUUGGCCAGGCCCUCUAUCAAAAUCUGAAAUUGGCUCUGCCUACCGAUCCGAUUAAGGAUCCGACCCCGAUUCUUAUCUAUGCUGGUUCUACAGCCACGGGUACGCUCGCGAUUCAGUUCGCUAAACUAUCUGGCUACAAAGUUCUUACGACCUGCUCCCCGCACAAUUUCGAUCUAGUCCGCCGUCUCGGUGCGGAUAUAGUCUUUGAUUACAAGGAUUCCACUACUGCUGCCGAGAUCCGAAAGUAUACCAACAAUGAUCUUAAGCUCGUCUUGGACUGUAUCUCCCUUGUGUCUAGCGCACAUUUCUGCGACAACGCUCUAUCUACGGAAGGUGGCGAGUACUGCAGCCUUCGGAACGAGAAGAUCGAACGCGCAAAUGUCAAUACUCGGUCUAUCCUUGCAUAUACGGCCAUCGGCGAGGCAUUUAACUUUGGCGAUAUUCCGUUUCCGGCCAAGCCAGACGACAAGGCCUUCAUGGAGGGCUUCUUGGCUAUUGCUGGGCCGCUGUUGGCUCAAGGAAAGAUUAAGGUUCACCCGCCUAAGGUUGGCAUAGAUGGCCUGAAGGGUGUUAUUGAUGGAUUGCGGCUGUUGAAGGCGAACAAAGUCAGCGGAGAAAAGCUGGUUUAUAAUGUGGCUGAGACUCCUUGA